GGAAACCUCAAAUCCAAAAAACACGACCCUCCAAUUUUUCUGUUCCCGCCAUUCCUCUCUCUCUAUCUCUUUCUCUCAAUCAAUAAAAUGCACAACCAAAACCACCAUUACUCCUCUAUCUUUGUCUCUCUCGAUUGCCCAAUCCAACAUCAAUUCGAAGACCCCCCAAAAUGGAUAUCACAGACAUAGCCAAUAAGCUAGGCCUCUCCGACUCCAAGCACGUCAUCCGAAAAGCCGCCGAGCUCCGCCGCCUCUCCGACAUCCAAUUCGACUCUUCCGUCAUCGGAAUUGGUGAGAUUUGUAAGGCCAUAAUUUGCAUAGAAAUCGCUGCUACUAGGUUUGAAGUUAUGUGUGAUCGACAGAGCGCGAUAAGGUUGAGUGGGAUGUCUGAGAAAGCCUACAUUAGGUCCUUCAAUGCAAUGCAGAAUGGUCUUGGUGUUAAGAACAAGCUUGAUAUCAGAGAACUGGGUAUUCAAUUUGGAUGCAUUCGGCUCAUCCCUUUUGUCCAGAGAGGUUUAUCUCUAUACAAGGAUCGUUUUCUUAAAUCAUUACCGGCUACCCGUAGGGCCAGUGCCGACUUCACUCGGCCUGUGUUUACUGCUGUAGCAUUCUACUUGUGUGCAAAGAAGCAUAAGCUCAAGGUUGAUAAGAUUAAGUUAAUUGAGCUCUGUGGUACAUCGGAAUCUGAAUUUUCCAGUGUGUCCACCUCGAUGAAGGACCUUUGCCAUGAUGCCUUUGGGAUAUCAAAGGAAAAGAAAGAUCCAAGGGAUGUGAAAGGGAAUAGAGACUUGCUGGAUGCAUUACCAGAAAAAAGGAGAUGUGAGGAUGGUGGUUAUUCAUCUGAUGAUGGAAAAGAGCUUUCAUGUUACAAGAAGCGUAAACGUACAGAGAAACAUGCUUAUGAGGAAUGGAAAUCUAAUGUUAUUGAGUCUAAUAACCACAGCAAGGCAAAAGUUCCUACUAAGCGAACCAAGCAAGCUCGGCUCAAUUUUAUGAAAGAAGUUCCUGAAACGCAGGAGGAGAAACUGUUAUAGGCUGAUCAAUAUUUUUUGUUAGUUCCAUUCAAUAAUUUUGAUGAUUUACAAGGAUUAUGAAUGGGAUCGACAGCAUAUGCUGCUGCAAUGUGAUGGUUGACUUUGUAUAGAAUGAAAAUUAUUGUAUAUGCUUGCAAAGUGUUUUUAAUUCAUUUUUAUCCGUGUUGACACAAUUAGAGAAAUACAAAGGUUUAUUGAA